AUGAGCUUUCAAGAUCUGGAGGCAGGACGACCCUUGGCAUCUUCAAGGAGAGAGUUGAUCAACGGGAAACAAGAUGCCACGCAAGCGGUUGCUUCUGGAAUCUUCCAGAUCAAUACUGCCGUUUCCACUUUUCAGCGUCUUGUUAAUACCCUCGGGACUCCGAAAGACACGCCUGAGCUCCGGGAGAAGCUGCGUAAAACAAGGCUACAUAUUGGGCAAUUGGUGAAGGAUACUUCAGCCAGACUUAAACAAGCUAGUGAAACAGAUCAUUAUGCUGGAGUCAGUCAAAGCAAAAAGAUUGCUGAUGCUAAAUUAGCAAAAGAUUUUCAAGCCGUUUUGAAAGAAUUUCAGAAGGCUCAGCGGCUUGCUGCUGAGAGGGAAACUGCAUAUACUCCUUUUGUUCCCCAAGCAGUCCUUCCUUCCAGCUACACAGCCAGCGAGGUAGAUGUGAGUUCAGAUAAAAAUCUAGAACAGCGGGCUGUCCUUGUGGAGUCGAGAAGACAGGAAGUCCUACUAUUGGACAAUGAGAUUGCCUUCAAUGAGGCUAUUAUCGAGGAGAGAGAACAGGGAAUACAUGAAAUUCAGCAGCAAAUUGGCGAGGUGAAUGAGAUUUUUAAAGAUCUCGCUGUCCUUGUCCAUGAACAAGGAGCUAUGAUUGAUGAUAUUGGCUCCCAUAUUGAAAGUUCCCAGGCUGCAACAGCACAGGGAAAAUCCCAACUUGUGAAAGCUGCAAAGACUCAAAGAUCAAAUUCGUCUCUGGCCUGCUUGCUCUUGGUGAUAUUUGGGAUCGUGAUUCUCAUUGUGAUUGUAGUACUUGCCGCCUAA